AAGAGGGGAUCGACGUCGACGGUGAUGGACAAGCCGGCGAAGACGACGAGAAACGCGAGAUUUUUGUCUCUCCCGACGCCUUAUCGUGAACCAACAUACAACAGGAGUGUUUUGUCACUGAAGAAAAGCAACAAACGUCAGGAAAAACGUCGCCUUUUCUCCAUUUAGAUGCAUACAUAGCGUGUGGAGUUGUGUGCGUCAAAAGAUGGACCGCUACGAGGAGUUCUGUCUGCAAAGCAUGUCCAUGCUGCAGGAGGAGGGGAAAUUCAAGAAGACAUGUGAGCCGCUCACCAGGUCGCACUCUGUCAUCCUCUUCCAUGGGAAAGCUGUUUUGUCACCACUGUUGAAUGAUGAGCAGCGUCAUGAGAUGUGCAACUAUAGAAAGAUGGCCGUCCAGCUGGAAGCAGACCAGAGGAACCAGCAGAGGAACAAGCUCCCUGUCCAAGUUCAAGACAUACUGACAAGUUGUAAUGUGCAAUCAGUAGAGCCAGCGUCAAAAGAAACACAAGAUGGCAACAAACCAGCUUGCAAGGUACAUUUAUGGAAGGAUGAGGUUCAAAAGUCAUCAGUUUCCAAAUCAGCAGCAGUGAGCGGUUACACCCUGGUCACCGACUCACCUGGCCUUCCCAAAGACCCUGGGAUUGGGACUGGUCUUCAGCCAAUCAGUCCAGUUGUUCCCAUUGGUCUAAUCACCAAUGGUAAUGUGAAGGUGGAUACAGAAGACAAGAGUGAUGAGGAAGAUAUGAGUAUGGACAGUCUUCUCAAGCAAACAAAAGACGAGCAUGUGAGGAAGGACCAGACUAGAGACGGGUCAAAAGGUCUCCUACCAACAUCUGAGGCCAUCACAGAGAUAAAAAGUCCAAAGAGUGGUGUUGAGUUUGGCUUUAGUUUGCACCACAGUCCUCUCAGCCCUCCACAGACCUUAAUCCAUCAAACUGUGUAUGAUUUUCCACAGUCUGCAUCACCUUGCAUUCCAGAUCGAUAUAUAAGACGACCCAAUCCAGAGUCCAGCUGCAGACGUAAACCACGUCCAUUCUCUACUGGGAAUAUACAUAUUUCAUUCCUCAGUAUGCCAGGGGAAGGAUCUGAACUGUCCGAUAGGGAAGAAGCUCCCUGCCCAGAUCACUGGAGUUCAGUCGGAGGGGAAAGUUUUCCUAAUAGAAAGGGGAGUCGCCAAUCCACUCUCUGCACUAAUAGUCCAGUUUGGGAAACCCACAGCUCCAUGAGCCCGUCGGGUCCCAACUCGUUUGGGCAACCGGAACCUCUGUUGUCAACAUUUCGCCGGCGCUCUCACACCAUGGACAGUCAGCUGGGAACCAACCAACCUGAUUACAUUGACCGCAGUCAAGAAAGGACACCUCGAUUUAUGGCAGGAGUCGUCACUGUCUGCCCUACAAGUCGACGGAACCCGGCUAACCCCUUAAACAAGUCAUACAAGAUAGAGAGUCCAACGUCCUAUCUGCGGCGGGUUCAUGUUACUCCCGAGUUAGCUCAGGGUAAACACUGGACGCACCCUAGCGAUCCUCGGGGGCCACGAGACGUUGUAACCUCACCAACGUUCCUCAGGCAUGCAGCUAAUGCUAACAACACAGAGGAGACCCAAAGGCGAGCAGGAGCUCUGGAGGACAUACAAAAGCGGCUGGAAGAAGAACAUGCCUUGCAGAUGUCCAUGCUCCUGGCUGAGCAGGAAAAAGAGCAACAGCGUCUGCGUCUGGAUCUCGAAGAAGCUGAAAGAAGACUUAAAGAGCAGGAGUCUGUGCAUUCCCAGAACUCUGCUACUUGGAACGGACUUCCAGCUGGGAUAAGUCCAACUAAUGCCUCAGUUGAAAGAUCACCGGGACACAGUAUAGGUUUUCCUAGUCCCAUCAGUUGUGAUUUUACCCCUCCCUCUCUCCAGUCCCCUGUUUAUAUUCGAGGGCCCAUUUGGGCGGCGAGCAAACUUCAUGCAAGGGAAAGUCAGGUUCUGACAACAGAACAACAGAGAGCAUUGUGUCGAAUUGGCGCCAUUGCCCGUGGCUUCCUCAUACGACGAUUGCUGAAAACGCACAAGAUCAAAUAUCUGCGUCAAACCAUCAUGGAUACAAAGGCGUUCAUUAGUUCCUUUCACACUGAAGGUCCACCGAAAAAAGUCUCGGAACAAGAUCUUUGUUUACAAGAAAGAGUUCGAGCGCAGUUACGCGCAGCCCUUUAUGACAUCAAUGAAAUCUUCUUUGAAAUGCCUCUGAAGGAUCGAUUAGCACUGCUGCAGCAAGACAGAGAGCUCUGUGUUGAAAAGAAGUUACGAGACAUGGACAAAACUAAGAGUCAUAAGGAAAAGGUGAUUCUGUCUGCUGCCACGCAAAGGUCUCUGGACCGGAAAAAGAGGGAGGGGGAAUCACCAGGACAGGCUAGAAAGGUGAUGCAGAAGCCAAAAAGUCCAACCCCUAACAGAGUUCAGAAGUCGAGCCAAGUCCAGAAGUCUAUUCCAAGUCAGCUGAACCGCCAGGGGAGCUGGUAUAAGAAGACUCCAGAAACAAGAGUAAAGCGCAUGGACAAUCUGAAGAACCUGAAGAAGCAGCACUCUCUGGGUUAACAGGUGGAAAUACAAUCCUAUUAGAACACCUUCGACCACUACUAGUCUACAUCAGAAAAGGUGCUCGUAAUAACUCUAAUAUUAGGCAGUAAAACCACAUGAUUUCUUCUAGCAAAUUAGUGACAAAAGGUAAAUAUGAUAGUGACAUUGUUUGACUCAAUAGAAUAUGACAAAACAUAUAUCAUACACAUCAUGAAAAGUGAAAAAAAAAACAACAACAAUGUAGCACAUUGAACAAACAACACAGUGCAGAUAAUUCAGGACGUUAUCAGUGAACAAAUUAUUUUUAAUUGUACGAAUAUGUUGAGCAACUAUAAAAAAAAAUGUUCCUAAAGACCUUAUUAUCUGUAGUAGUCCAAAGUGCAUUUAUUGACAAUUACAGUGCAUAACCAUUAAGUGCUGUAAGUGUAAUAGUGUUUAAAAACAGGUUGUUUACAUUUUAUAUGGGGUUUUAUUGGGUUUGAUUGCCGCUGUGUGUCUUUUUUUUUUUUUUUUAAACACGUUGCCUUAUUUAAUUAUUAUUAGCAACCAGUACUAUAUUUUUUUAUUUUGCCUUAAGUUAAUGCCAAAUUAAAAAAAAUGUGAAUGUAUUUAUUGUAUGCGGACAAACCUUUGAUUCAUUAAAAAUACAUUGUUUUUUGUGA